GGCGCCGCCUGCCUCCUCCAGAGCGCCCUGUGCCUUGCUCCGGCCAGCUAGACGUUCUGCUCCGCUCGCCAGCAAGCGGGGACGUGGGUGGCCAUGCUGCACUGGGGAUACGACGAGCACAACGGGCCUUCUCACUGGAAAGAGGUUUUCCCUGUUGCUAAUGGAGACCGUCAGUCCCCUAUUGACAUCAAAACUGAAGAAGCCAAAUAUGACCCCGCUCUACCUCCUAUUAGCCCUAACUAUGAUCCAACUUCCGCUAAAGUCAUCCUCAACAAUGGACACUCCACAUGUGUAGAAUUUGAUGACACAGAAAAUAAAUCAGUGCUGAGAGGGGGACCACUCAGUGGAAGCUAUAGGCUGCGCCAAAUUCACUUUCAUUGGGGGGCCAGCGAUGACAUUGGUUCUGAGCAUGCAGUGGAUGGAAAGAAGUAUGCAGCCGAGCUUCAUGUGGUUCACUGGAACUCAGACAAAUAUUCCACUUUUGUUGAGGCUGCUCGGCAGCGGGAUGGAUUGGCUGUCAUGGCAGUAUUUCUAAAGAUUGGUGAAUGUAACUCUCAGCUGAAGAAAAUUACUGACCGUUUGGAUGCCAUUAGAGCCAAGGGUAAACAAGCACUAUUCACAAACUUUGACCCUUCCUGUUUGCUUCCUCACUCUCUGGACUACUGGACUUAUCUUGGCUCUCUUACUGUUCCACCUCUUCUUGAAAGUGUCAUCUGGAUAAUUCUCAGAGAGCCUAUAACUGUUUCCUCUGAGCAGAUAGCCAAAUUCCGCAGCCUUCUGUGUACUGCUGAGGGAGAGGCAGCCUGCUGCAUGCUGAGAAACUACCGGCCACCACAGCCUUUAAAGGGACGGGAAGUCAGAAGGAAUUAAGGAGUAAAGCAAGAAUCAGCCACUGCUGAGACCACUUAGGAGGCUGAAUUAGUUUUUAAUAAUGAUAUGCUUUGUGCCUAAUGAAUAGGUAUUAUUUUAUUAUUCAGUUACAAUGCAGUCAUUUCAGUAAGACAAAUAUGUCCUGACUUGUAGCAUUUGGGCCGAUUUUUAACUGAUUUGAAUGGGUUUUGCCCCUGUUGGUACGCGUGCAUUGUGGUGUUAGUGUUUGCAGCAGAGCUUACUGAACAAUUUUGUUUCAGUCUGUGCAUGUGAAUGCAAUCAUACAUACUGAGUGCUGAGCAACUCCUGCAAGAUAUUGGAUACUCUCCACUCCCUUUCAUGUCAGUUGCAGUUGAGGAUACAUAGCCCCCUGAAGGGCUAAACCCAUUUUUUUAACACCAUAAAUCUUUCUUUAGGGACUAGACUGGCCUCUUCCUUUAAUUUUCAAGGAGAACUUAGUAUUUCAAAGCUGGUAGGAUUUCAUUACUGAUCAUAAGCAAAGUGAUCCUGUUUAAGCUGGGACGCCAUGAUAGAUUUACCAAAAAAUAUAGUAUCCCCUAAUGACAUUUAACCCAUAAAGUAUACAAAUGUAUUCACAGGCAUUGACUUCCUCCGGGCCCUAGGGGUGCUCAACCCCCCACUCUGCCCCAGGCCCCGCUCCCACAUGACCUUUUCACCCAAACCCCUGCUCUGCUCUUCCCACCCACAUCCCAGGCACUGCCCGCAUCUCACCCCUUCCCCCAAACUCUGUCCCGCCUCUUCCAACCCCUACUCCACCUCCGCCCCACCACUUCCCGCUCAGUUCUGCCACUUCCCUCGAGUGUGCCCCCAUCCCUGCUUCUCCCCAGGGCCUCUUGCAUGCUGCGGAACAGCUGACUGCAGCAGGUGGGAGGUGCUGGGAGGAAGGGGGAGAAGUUGAUCAGUGGGGCACCAGCAGAUGGUAGGUACUGAGGGGAAGGGAGGGAGCUGGCUGCCAGUGGGUGCAGUGCACCUGCUAUUUUUUUUCCAUGGAUGUUCCAGCCCUGGAGUAAUCACGGAGUCAGUGCCUAUGAAUGUAUUACAAUUGUUUUGACUGCAUCAUAGGAGUGCUGGUAUAUUAGCAAUACGAUGCUAGUAAGCAAUAUGCAAUCAUAUCAGAUGGAUUCUGUAUGCCCAAAUUCUACCUCAUGUAAGCCAGACAGUUCCUGGCCCCUAUAGGGGCAUGCAAGGGAGAAGGACGCAUGAAGCCUCCCUCCCUUGCAUCUCUCACCCAGCAGGUGAGCAUGGUAUGGAACAUGUCUGUAGAAUGUAUUUGACAUGAUCCCAUAUUGCUUAACAUGCGUUCCUAACACUUGAACGUGCACUAACCACUUCAGAAGAUGGCGCUGCCUCCUCUUGUCCCAUCCUGCUUCCUACCAGCCAGCUCUCCUGGCCAGGGACACAGAGCAUGCUGUACACCAUUGCCAGAAAAGAACACCCCAUACUGAAGAUAUUGUGCUUCUCUGAUGUGUAAUGCUUCCAUGUACCUGCUGGAGCACUGCCCCAUGCUGAGGGUUCUCUGUCAGACAUAGCUGAGCCCGACAGAGUUGCAUUUAAUUCACAUGACAAACCCCCGCUAUGUUUAUCAGAGGGGUAGCCAUGUUAGUCUGUAUCCACAAAAACAACAAGGAGUCCGGUGACACAUUAAAGACUAACAGAUUUAUUUGGGCAUAAGCUUUCAUGGGCAAAAUCCCCACUUCUUCAGAUACAAGAAGUGGGGUUUUUACCCCCAAAAGCUUAUGCCCAAAUAAAUCUGUUAGUCUUUAAGAUGCCACCAGACUCCUCAUUGUUUCCCCCUACAUUUAGAUAAAGUUAAAGAUCUGACACAUUCACAAUUCCCAGUUAACAGGGCAUAUUAGGGUGAUGUCCCACGAUGCCCAUGGAUUGGAAGCUUAGGCUUUACCUGUGAAUCGCCUUUGAGCUUGUGUUUCUCUCAGAUGCUUUUCCUUGUUGGAAUGUAAUUUUUAUUAAGGCAAUUUUCUUCUUUUGUUUUUAGUGAACUAGCUGUAGCCCUCAAAAUAGGAAAAUUAUGGCCUAAACUGUCCCUUCUGCUUUUGUAAGCAAAGGGAACUGAAAUCUCAGUAGCUCUUUCCUAUCAAUCCUUUUCCUUCAGCACUUCUCCACUGGUCUUCUGCGGAGUUGGUGCCAUGCCUUGUUUUGAGAACAGAGCUGGAUGUUGAUGGGAGUGGACCAAAGGACCAGCCACUCUCUACAGCACCUUCCCUGUUGAACCUGUGGAUUUCUGCUCAAAAAUCCAAUCAGGAUUUAAUGCCGCGUGAAGUCGUGGUAACUCCCCCUGACUCUCUUCAGGGCUGUAACUGUGAAGCCAAGGGAGAAUCAGGCAGUGGCCACACAACUCCUGCAGGAUUGGGAAGAAGUGUCAGAGCAGCCACAUGGAGGGAAAAGCCACCCUUCCAUGCAACUAUUUCUUUCUCCAAGAUGCCUAGGACUGUAGGUUUUGUAGGCUGCACCUCUUGCCUCCUCCAUUGGUACUGUCACCCAUCCUCCAGGAGGGGAAAAUUGAGCAAGGCCAAUCUUGCAGAGAUUCCCAAGUCCCUUGUAUUCCUCUACAAAUAAAUAGGUUGUUUAGAUAGAUAGAUAGAUAGAUAAGUAAGUCUUAUUGUUCUCUCCUCCACUCCAGUAGAAUGCCUCCUCUAAAAGGGAGCUUAAGUUGCUUCUGUUACUGCAGGUCCUCUCACUGCAAUACAGUAUUUUGAGCAGUGAGAAAAAGAAAACUGGCUAUGGGAGAAGCAAUAGAGCCAAUGCAGCAGCAGGAGCUGUGGACAAGAAUGGCCAAAUGUAAACCCUGCAGGCACUUUUUUUUCAGUCCCCGCUAACCAGGAUAGGCAGGAGGACCCAGGUAGAUAUAAAAAGUCUUGAGUAUGGUCUCAAAUGACAAGAAUAUGUGUAGAGUAUAAUUGCUGGCAUAUAUAUAAGUGUUUUUUUCACUUUCUUUUUUGAUCUGAUGUUGCAUCUAGUAUGUUUUCCUGUCAUGUGAGUAGCUGCAGAACAUGAUGAAUGAAGUUUACACAUUAUAUAAAGGGCGCUAAAGAACUGAUUUGCCUGAGGACAGGAAUAAUGAGGCUACUACUGUGUGUGUUCAUAUUAGAAAUAAAAUAAGUUUUAGCUGUUUUUCCUGCAUUGAAAAUAAAUAGUGGAGCGGAUAGAGUGGUUUGAUAUUUGUAAGGAUUUUAUCAAAUAAAAACAGAUAUUGUCAA